AUGUCUCAUUCAUCCGACUCAGUACAUCUUCCUAACAACCCCCUCGCAAAAGAUGAGAUGGACUUGUGUCUUGGCACAAGCAUCAGUCGAUAUGCGGUCCAGGAAUCAACUGAAAGCCGGCAAGGAACUCCUACUGAAAAGUCUAUCCCGCCUUCAGACAUCGGCGUUAUGCCAUGGAUCCAGAUUGCUGGGGCGUUCUGCCUCAUGUUCACCUCAUGGGGAAUUGUGGUAUCUUACGGUACUUUUCAACAAUAUUAUACAAGUGGUGGCGGCAUUGUUGACGAGGCAUCAUCAUCAACAAUUGCUUGGAUUGUUAGCCUACAGGCCUUCCUUCUCAUGUUUGGCGCCGCGCUCACCGGGACGCUCUAUGAUGCCGGAUACUUCCGGACCAUGAUGUAUUGUGGCUCCUUCUUGAUGGUUUUUGGCCUCAUGAUGACCUCGCUGGCCAAUAAAUACUGGCAGUUCAUUCUUGCUCAGUCUUUAUGCACUGGCAGUGGGAUGGGUCUUGUUGCCCUUGGAGCUCUUGCGACGCCAGGUACGUGGGGCAUUAUUUUUCCAAUUGCCCUACGCCAUCUCAUCCCGAUGAUUGGGUUUGGCUGGGCCGUUCGCGUCAUGGGAUUCAUCGUAUUAUUUAUGCUCAUGUUGCCGCUUUCCAUCUCCAAACAACGUCUACCCGCCAACAAGCGGCGUAUUCUUAUAGACUUCAAGUCGCUCGGUCAAAUCGAAUUUGGCCUCUACUGCCUAAGCAUCUUUCUGGCUUUCCUUGGAUUCUUCACCUUCUAUACUUUCAUCGAAUCAUGGGCUAUUGCAACUCAGCUCAAUACAGACGGUGUAGCACCAUACUACAUCCUCACCAUUACCAAUGCAUCGAGCAGCUUUGGACGAAUCCUGCCAAAUUACACGGCUGAUAAGAUCGGGCCUCUCAAUAUUCAGGUUCCUGCGACUCUCAUUGCCGGCGUGUUGGUCUUUACUUGGAUACCUGCCCAAUCAAUGGGCUCAGUUAUGGCUAUCGCAAUAUUAUAUGGGUUUUUUUCAGGAUCUCUUGUCUCUGUACCUCCAACUGCUAUUGCUAGUAUGACAGCUAAUAUGAAUGAGCUCGGUGGUCGAAUAGGUAUGUGCUUUCUUGCAAUGGCCUUUGGGUCGCUUAUAGGAAGCCCUGUUACAGGUGCUAUUGUACAAUCUGUUGGGUAUGAUAACGCUAGGAUUUAUGCUGGCAUUAUGUUGUUAGCUGGCGCAACAACGAUGGCGGUGCUAAGUAUACGCAUCCAAUGA